AUGGCGAAGCCAGUGCGGGGUCGCUUUUCGCUCCCUCCUAGGGAGGAAGACGACAGCGAGUUCGCCAGUGGAUGCCUUUCCCCCCACUGGCAGCGCGCCCUACAGGAAGAGCUGCAGACGGCCCAGAGCAUCUCUGCAGUCGUCAAUGUUCCAGGAGCUGAGGAGCCCAACUCGUUGUUGUCUCUCUUUUCCUUCGCGGACGGCUCGCGCUUCGCCUCGCCCUUGCUCCUGGAGGAGCCUGCGGACUUUGUCUCUUCGCCCCGGACCCCAGUCGCCGCGGCGACGACCAUCCUCGGUCAGCCUCCCGCGGAGAUUUCGCUCGCCGACUUCAGCGACUACUUCGAAAGCCUCAAAGAGGCGAAGGCCGCGCGAGAUGCUUGCGACGCCCUUCCUAGAGCCGGGCAGAGACGGCGGAAGGGCACUGAAGGCAAGGCGCAACUCAAAGAGAACAGAACCAGAGCUGUCUCAGUUCGAGGCGAUCUGCGCCGCGGAGCGCGGCGAUGCGGGGCAGGUCGAGGCGAGUGCGGAGGCGCUCUCUCGCGCGGCGCAGAGGAGAGAAAAUGCGGAACUCCUGGUGGCCUCGACGCGGCGAAUCAAGCACUCGCGCCUGCCUCCAGGGAGACGACGCACUGGCGCUGCCGUCGUCGCGGCUGCCGACGGCGAGCCGGCGGGGCGAGCGGGCCCCGCGCCCCGCGAGGCUGCGAAGGACGAGGGACAGAGCGAGGGGGGCGGCGGGGGCAGGGCGUAGAGGGCCGCGGGGCGACAACUGGAGCCCCAGGAGAGGAAGGAGACGGCGAGGGCCAGGUCGAGGAUGAGGCGGAAGCGGAGGGAGCGUUCUGCGGCGACGACGUCGAUGACGCCUUCCUCCUCGAUCGGCAGGAAGACGAUGAAGAGGAGGCCGCGGACCUUGGCGAGGCGCACGCGCGCUACACAGUCCCGGAGUGUUUUUUCUCGCCAGACUUCCAGGUGCACGACUUCCUCAGAUACGAGCUGCCUGAAGCCAUGAAAGUCCACGACCAACUCUCCGCCUGCUUAGACGAGGUUGAGUGCAACCUCGUCGCGCUGCUCUCGCGGCGGUUCUCCUUCUUCGUCAGCUCGCUGUGGCGACUCACCAGCAUGCAGUCGGAGAUCGAUCGCGCACUCCGCAGCGUCGCUGUGCUCAAGGGGGAGGUCAAGAAGAUGCAGUCGGAGCGCGUCGAGCUUGGCUUGAAAGUCCUGCGGCUGACAAAAGAGCGCCAAGGCCUGCUGGUUCACCUGCGGCGCAUGGAGUGCCUCAGCUACGUGCGCGACUGUCUGCAGUCCCUCGACGUCCUUCUGCAGGCUAAGGAGUUCGCGACUUGCCUGCGCCUCAUCGAUGCGACGCGGGAGCUUAUGAACGAAGAGCUCGCGGCGCUGCACGUGGCGCGCCCCAUCCGCCUGCAGCUCGACGAGCUGCAGCACCGCAUCACCACGUCGCUGAUUGAGGACUUCGCGGCGGCCGCAACAGCGGCGGUCUUCCCUGUGCACGCGGAGCGCCACUCGCCUGCUUGCGUCGCCGCGCUUCUCGCAGGCGGGCUGUCUUCGCGCUCGCCUUCCCUCGGUGCUGCCGCGUUCCCGCGCCGCGCGGCGAGCUUGCUUGAAAGUCUACUCUCGCCGCGAGAGCGCGUGGCGGCAGCCGAGGGGCGCGACCCGGCCGCGAGCGGCCUUUCUCGGGCUCUCCACGCUGUGUACGGAGACUGGCAGCGCGGAUGGAUUCUCCUCAUUGAAGAGGAGGAGCAAAAUCCGUUCCAGGACGGUGGCGUCUUCGAAUGGGAGCAGCGCCUGAUCUCGUGCGUCGGUCUUUCCGCGGAGAGUCUGAAGGCGCUGAACCUCUUGUCGCGCUGCGAGGGAAACGCCUCUAUGAUGGUUGCGCGGGCGCGACAGUCCUUCACGUCUGCAACGAAGCGUGCUAUGAGAACGGUGGCGACGCGCGCGGUAACCAAAUACUCAGCCGCCGCGACUUCGUCUCUCGGCGCUUCGCCGUCGAGGUGCUCUGGGCGCCAGCGCCGCGCUGGAGAGACGCAGCGGCGAGAGGCCGCGUCGCCGCAGGAGUCCGACAGAGAGACAGGGGCUCCUGCCGCGGAGGGAGAAGAAGCGGAGAGCGGCAGAGGGGACAGGGAGAGCGAGGCGGGUCCCGCAGCGCCGGAGGGCGCGGCGUGGGACGGAGGUGCAGGAGAUGCGCAGACGGAGAAAGCGUCGGGCGCCUCUUCUCGUUCGCCAUCCGCCGAGGAGGCCGCGGAGAGGAAGGCCGGAGGCGAUCGGCCUUCGCGGGAAGAAGAAAUGCAGGAAAAGAGGCCAUCGGAUUCCGAGCCAGAAGUCCCCGCAGGAGGGGGCGAAGCGCCACCGGGCGUGGAAACCGCAGACGGCGAGACCGGAGGCGCUGCGACGGCCGCGCAAGAGGGAGGGCGCGACGAGAAGAGAAUGACCUGCAGAGAGGCGAGCGACGCGGUUGCCGCUCAUGUAGCGCCGUCCGAUGAGCCAGCGGAAGAGUCGCAGGAACGAGCCGAAGAGCGAGAGGCGCGUGUGACCAGGGCGACGAGGCUGCAGGAAGGAGAAGGCACAACAAAGCAGGAGGAGAAAGCCUCAGGGAGGAACGGCGUCGACGGCAAGGUUCCGCCCGGCCAGAGUUUCCCCGAGCAUCCGGUUGCCUCUUCGUCGCCUGCGCCUCCGCCGUCCUCCUCUGCUGCGCCCCCUGCGGUAUCUCCUGAGGCUGCUGCGGCGGGGGCCGCCUCGGGGCAGGCGCUGUCGGAGGCGGUUCGGCAGCUGGAGCCGCAGGCGUUUCUGUGUGUGUGGCGGGACUGCCUCGGGUUUUCGCUGUGCGUCGCGCGGCGCCUGGAGGCCUGGACCUGCCUGGCGCUGCUGCGCUCAAUCGAGCUCUCCUUCGCCGCGCGCCUUAAGGCGCAAGACAAGCUCGAGCGCGCGAGGGACGACGGCGACAGGGGCGCGGGCGCAGGAGGUGCCUCCCCGCCGGAAGACGGCGGUCCGGAGGAGACGCCCGCGCCGCGCAGCGAGAAGGCCGACAGACGCAGAGCGGAGCGCGAGGAGGGAUGCACCGCAGGCGAGCAGGGCGAGCACGAGGAGCGAGGCAGGUGGAAGAAAACGCUCACGACCGCCCAAGCGGAGAGCCUCGAAAAAAACGUCGACUCGCAGACCCGCCAGUGGCGCAUCGUCGCCGCCGAUCUUGCUCGACUCGCCGAGAUGGUCAUUCAAGGCCUGAUUUCCAAGUGCAGCAGCAUGCUGCAGCUGCGUGCCCAGGUCCAUCAUCGCCUGCGCCCGAAGCAGCUCGCUGCGCUGUACUGGACUUCUCUCUCGGCUCUGGGCUGUCUCCACGCUCUCCAAGAGCGAUUUCACGCGCGUCUCAGCGAAGUGCUGCUCCAGUCGCUCCGCGUCACCGUCCGCUUUCUUCUUUUCCCCGAAGAGGCGCGUCUCCAGGGGUCGCGUGGCGCUCUCGCCUCCCCCGGUGGGGCUGCUGCGUCUGCCUCGCCUUCCGCGGCGACGGAGGACGCGGACGACGCGCAGGUUUCGCGGAGCGCGGAAAAGAGAGAGGAUGAGCCAGCAGGAAGCACAUGCCUCCACGAUGCGGAAACUGAGGAAGAGCAAGACGCAGUCGGGCCGCGGAGCGUGCUGCGCCUGCGAGGCGAAGCCGGCAGAGACCAGAGUUCGCCUCUGCACCUUAAGGUUGGAAACCUCUCUCUCCAACUCGCAGGGCCCGCGGCCGCCGCGCUCAAAGCUCCGCUCUUCACACACGCGAAAGUCCUGUUGGAGUCCUUCCACGAGGCCAAGCUCGCUCAGGUUAACCUCCUUCUUGAAAAUGAGACCUGGGAGCGCGCGGAUGUCCCUUUCUCUUUUGCGCGGACGCUUGAGACAAUUCUGCGCUUCUCCUUCUUUUCCACGCCUCUCCCGUGCUCGUCUCCGGGUUGUCUGAGUAGGACUCCCCCACCGGGGGGGCUAGACGCCGGCGCAGUGUCUCCUCGCCCAACUAGCGCCCGUGAAGGAGACACCGCCGCAGCACCGGUGCCAGCGGGCGCGGGCGAAGAGAGCACUGGAGAAGGGGCAGGCGGGGAGGAGGACGCGGGCGCUAGAGAUAUCUGCAGAAGCGGCGGCGAAAGUUUCUCGUCGCCUGCGGCGCGCCGCGCGUCGUUGAACGGUGAAAGAACGGGCGGCUCGCUCGAGGGCCUAGAUGGCGAACGAAAGGCUGCAGGGCCUGAGGCGGCCGCAGCGUCUGCUGGAGCCGGCGCGAAGAGUCCAGAGGAAGUCAUUGUGUGCCAGUGCGACUGCGGCUCCUGCCUCGUUGCUCCUCGUUCGCUGACGGUGAAUAACGAGGUGUUUAUGGUAGUCCCUUCUUGCUUGUUGGCCAUCCAGAUCAUCGCGGAUUAUAUCUCCCUGCUUCGUCUGCUGCCGCUUCUGCUGCCGCUUCUGCUGCCUUCGCUCGCCCACGUGCUCCAGCACUUUGCCCGUGUCUCUCUGCAGCUGACUGUGGAGGGCGGAGCAGUUAAGCGCGGGAGGCUGCCGCGCAUCACCGCGGCGGCCCUGGCGCUCUGCGCGCGGAGCUUCGCGGCGCUGAAGGAGCUUCUCGAGUUUUUCAUUCAGCGGAUCGACAGUGCGCAGCAGAGCGCGCGGGACAAGCGCCGCAACGGAGGCGGCGCGGAGGCGGCCCCUCGAAGGGAAACUGCACCGGUGUGGGACCCCUGGGAGGCUCUGCCCACCGAUCUCCUGCUCAGCAGCGUCUCUGAUGAAGAUCUGUCGGAUGGCGAGGCGGAGGCGGAAGACGCCUCGAAGCGAUCUGGAGAGGCGCGCCCUGACGACUCGACCGAAGGCCCUCAGAGCCGCGGCAGCCCACGCGGGGAGCCCGACGGAGCGAGGCGUGGGGCCUGCAGCAGCGGCGGGCUCGGAGCGGCGAGCGCUGCUCCGAGUGACGACGCGAGUGAGAGGAAGCCGCGCGCGCGACGGUCGAGACGCCGGCCGCACGCCCCCUCGAUUCCGCCGCUGCUCAGUCCCCUACCCAGGGCCCUUGCGUCGCAAAUGGGGCUGGCCCCCAUCGACCCCCACAGUCGAGCGCCGCAGGUGCUGCAGCAGACGUGUCGAACGCUGGCUGAUGCGCAAGCGAAAGUUUAUCAGAAACUAGGAGACAUUUUGAUUGACCGGUACGAGGUGCACAGCGCGCGGUGGCUGUCCACUCCGCAUCCGCCGCCCCCGCUGGCGGACGCUGCCUGCGUCGCUAGCCCCGCGGAGGUGAUAGGGGCAGAACGAGGAUCGGGCGAAGCAGCAGGGGCGCUGCCAAAGCGCAACGACGAGAAAAUGCACGCAGAAAGAGCGGGAAUACCGGAAGGGCCCAACAUCGGGGCGCCGUCCAGCGGAUUGGAGCUCGUCCAGCAGAUUCCUGCGCCGCCGCCUCACGAUGCUCUGAAGGGCCUGGUAAAGGACGCGUCGUCUCUGUAUAAAGUGCUUCACCGUCUUCUUCCUGCGGACGCGGUGGUGAAGAUUUUUGCGCGGGCCUUCCACCAGAUUUCGUACCGCUUUGAGAUGCGCCUCGCAGCUGCUUUUCCACACCCGGCGUGCCCCGUGCCUCUCGCCUUUGCGAGCGCUCCCGCACAGCCGGGCGGCGGUGGCCCCGAGAGUCUUGGGCCCGAAAGGGAUCCUCAAGGCCCCCUGGGGGCGAGUGGCGCAGGCGUCGGCCGCACAGGAUUCUACGAGAGUCCGCAGGAGCUCGAACGCCUCGUGGUAAACGCACUCUCCGAAGUGGACUCAAGUGCAGGGGCGCCAGAGCGGGAGGCCUGCGCGGCGGAGGCUGGCUCGAUGUCGGCCGGCGCCGCGGAGGGCAGCGACCGACUCGGCGCUGCGGGAGGCGGGCCCAGCGGCCCCCGUGCGCCCGCCUUGCCCGACGCGGGCAUUGAAGGCGACGGGGGAGACGCGGAGGCGGAGCGGAGUCGGUGUGGCCGGUUGCUCGCCGCCUCUGCAUAUGGUGAUCUGCUGCGCGGGCCAGGAGGCGGCGACGGAGCCGGUGGUGGAGCAAGCCGAGGUGCAGCAGACGCGGGGACAGACGCGAUUCAAACGCGCAUUAAUCGGCACUUGAGGAGACCUGGAAAUGAGGGUGAGCCGCACACGGUGUACAGACCAGCUCAGGGCGAGAGCAUGGGGGACCGCUACUGGCUCGAUUGCGUCUAUCUGUACGAGAGUCUGUGCCGAUACGAAGGCCUGACGAUGCCUCUGCUUCACCUGGUUCGGGAUCUCUUGAGUGCCUGCGCCAAGUGCUGGGCCGUCAGUCCCGGAGUCGCCGAACUGAUUGAACGGAGGCUACCCCGAGAAGCGUGA